GCGUGGAUGCUUGCUACAUGCAGUCUAAAGUGUGGAAAUUUGUUUGUAAAUCGGGGAAAAAAGAAGAAUAAACUUGGUAAUUCUUGGAAAGGAAUAUAUAUAGAUGAAGGGUUGGGCGUAGAGUGCUGUAAAUAGGAGUGUAUAGAAGGCAAGAAUUUGGAGUGUGUGUGGCGCCUGUGGCCUGCGCAACGCCCACUGCUUUCCUGACGAGGCUCGAUCCUGGCCUGGCGCAAGUGUACACACUACCCACAACCUUCACCACUGCUCUAACACAACUUUUGUACAACAUGGAGGGACUAAGGAUGUUUUUUAAAGAUGAGGGAUGGUUACUGGAUGCCUGAGGAAGCAAUUGCGUACCCCAUUGCAUGCAUGGGAGUUUGGAAUCUUAUGAUAUACAGGGAAUAUUGACAACCAUUAACACUAGAAUACUGAAAGAGCCACGAGGUUUCAUGAAGGUUUUGCAGUUCAUAUUUGGUAUUUGUGCAUUUGCAACCACCACAAGUUUCAGCACCUCAUUUUCCUUUGGUGUGAAAUGUCCUGGAGAGAUCUACAAUAUUACGGAAAAUAUUGCUUAUCCUUUCCAGCUUGACUCAGUGAAGCCACUUGUGAAGAUUUGUGAAGGAAACGAAGAACAGCUUCAGAUAAGUGGAGACUUUUCUUCUGAUGCACAGUUUUUUGUAGCUGUUGGAGUGCUGGCUUUCCUGUAUACUAUUGGUGCACUGGCCCUGUACUGUGCAUUUACCAGUAUAUAUGAGAACAAUGAGUUUGUUCCUGUUGCGGACUGUGGUGCUCAUGUUCUCUUUGCCAUUCUCUGGCUAGCUGCAAGUAGUGCCUGGGCCAACAAUUUAUCUAAUCUAAAGUAUGCUACACAUCUUGAAAACAUUUUUGAUGAAAAUCCUGAAAUAUGCAAAGUUUAUGGUUGCCUUUCUAGAAAGGAAGCUUCAUUCUCCAAACUUGUAAUUUCAGUGAUUCUUGGCUUCCUUAAUGUAUUCCUGUGGGCAAGUAACAUAUGGUUCCUAUACAAGGAAACUCGCUACUUUAAGGACAAGGCCAAUGCUGCAGCUGCUGAAAAUAAAGGCAUUGCUUAAGGUUAGUGGCGCACGAACGAGCGGUGGACAUGGUGGACAUGGUUCACUUCCAGUUGGGUGAACAUAUAUGUACAGCUAGUACUGUUAACUGCUGCAGUACACUAUUUGUCAAGGCGAAUAAUGCAUUUCUUCGAAUGAAUAAUCAUUUGCUAAUAUUUUUUUAAAUUUAUAAAUUAUUAUUCUUAUUAUUUAUUAUUAUUAUUAAUUCAGAUAAAUGCAUGUAGAAGCAAUAGUCCAUUAAUGUCUACAAAUACUUUGACAUUAAUAGUUCGCUGUCGAUCAAAGGCAGUUAUUCAUCGAACUUGAAACAUAAGGCCUCAUUUUAGUGGUGAAUAUUUUGACAACCUUUCCAGGCUUUGUUGUAUUACAAAUAAGGAUACAUAUAAAUAUGCUGUAUAUUGUAUUUGUGUCAAAAUGAGAGAGAUCUUGCUUGACAUUGAUUUAUUUGUGUGCGGAGUGAUGGUGAUGGUGAGCCUUUGGGUUGAAGUGACUAAUGGGUGGUGGUGGCAGUGCUCACAAGGAAUUGUUAUGUAUACUGUACAUAAUUUGCAUUCUAUUUUUAAAGCCACUUCAUAUGUUUGUCAUUAUUUUGGCAAAAAAAAUGCAAAUAUGGUAUUAUAAGCACUUGUAUUAUAUACUGUAUUUGCACACGUAUAAAUGGGAUGCUAUUUAUUUGUAUAAAUUGGAUGCUGUUUAUGUGUAUAAAUUAGAUGCUGUUUAUCUGGUUCACCCCCUCUCAUUCUUCUGGAUUUUGCGUUAUCAGAAAAUAUAAAUAUCCAGUUCUCCAUUUCAUUUUACUGGAUGGAAAUAAUUUCAAUGUGGUUCACUCCAUUGAUCAGAAAAUCUACAUAAUGCCUAUACAAAUUUUUAAAUAUGCAUUAGAGGUGUUCUAAUGUGUCAGUAUCGGUGGUAAUGUAUUGGACUAAUUUUGCUGAACCAUAUCUAAAAUUUCAUUUGAUCCCUCAAUACAUUAGCUUUUUUUUUUUUUAUAGAAGAUGACUGACUCUCGUUAGCAGGCUUAAAAUUUUUCCUCAAUUUAUUUUAUUUUUUUUUUUAUUUUUUUUGGUUGCUAAUCAAAAAUGUUUUGAAGAGGCUGUUUAAGUUUCAUUUAGAUGAAUCUGCAGUAGUAGAUGUGCGCUGAUUAAUAUUGAGUUAUUUACUUAAUGUCAUUGUUUACAAAAAGGAGAUCUGAAGUUCUGAUGUCUAAAAAAACAUAUGAAGUGUCAGUAUUGGUCAAAAUAUUUGUAUUGACACACCUCUAAUAUCCUCCGGCCCUCACUAGCUUUGUUACCAGCUUAAACGUCUAUUGGCAAAAUGCCAUCCUAAAUAAUAUGAAAGAUGGUAGAGAUUAAAUGCCUAACACAAGAUGCAUAAAUAAUAUGUAGGAUGCUAUAUCGAAUCAUAAGGCUCUAUGCUAUGUAUCCUUAUGAAGUACAGUAUUGAGCGUCACCCAGCACACAUGCUUCCUUCAAGAUCUCCACAUAAUCCAUCCACACUAUUAAAUAUAAAGUAGAUCAAAUAAAGCACUGUUUUCUAAUGCCAGGACCUAUAUCAGAAAAUUUGCAUCCUAUAACAAGGGACUAGUGUGUGCUAGUCGAUGCAAGUUUCAAUGAAUUGCAGGUGAGCUUCCAAUGGUAGCAUCUCCCCUAAACCAACCCUCCACACGGUUUUACCUACCAUGCUUGGUUACAUCAACCCAUUUCUGCUGUUAUAAAGUAAGGAAUAAUAAAAAUGUAUGAUUUUCUAAUGCAAGGAGAACUGUAUAACGGCAAAUUUUCAUCAUACUUAAUAUGCGAGAUAAGUCUGGUGGAUAUUGUUAAAUUGCAAAAUGCAGUAUGAUUUGCGAUCUGAUAAUUUUCUUGGAAAAGUAAAGCUAUCAAUGGUAUCUAACUUUGUACGUGGGGGAAGAGAUUGGCGAAAUAGAAUGUUUGUUGAUGCAAGAAUAACAAGAAAAAAAUUGAAAUGUUUUAAAAACAAUCUUUCUUAUCUUGGGAUUGUUUAGUAUCUGAUGUAAACUAGAGAUAUGGCAGAGUUGCCAUUUCCUGUAAAUAUCAAUCGGGUGAUACCAGUAAUGGAGAGUAAAUCAUGUCAAUAUUGUAUUGACUGAAUAAGUGUUUUGAAGAAAACACUGUACACCAAGUCUUAAGAUGUGACUAAGUUAGGAUGUAGUGAGACACUGUUGUAGAAGUUUUACUCUAGUGUGUGAUGCUGGUUCUUUACCACUACAUAAUAAAGUAUGUAAGACAUGGUGAAUGCAAAAUGUAAUUUUUUGAUUGUGUAACCAUCUUUUCCCCAUAAUCUCUGCCUAGUCCCCAUUGGGCUGAUUCUUGCCCACUGCAUAACAGUAGGAAAAUAUGAUGAUUACUAAAGUAUUAUUGGCAAUAGUACUGUGGUGCACAAAGAAAUCACAUUAACAUGAUGUAUUGAGAAAAUCGGUAGGAGCCGUGAGGAGGAUUCGAACCUGCACACUGGGUACUCCCAAGCAUAUGCCCUAAACCACUAGGCCAUGAUAUGCUACAAAAGUAAUUUAACAUGGGAUUGGACUGAAUCCUCUAAGGUUCCCGAGGCAUAUGUGCAUUUGAAGAGAAGUGUGGGGUAGAACUCCUAUACCACAGCCAGUGUGUAUGCGGGUAAUGUGUGAAACCCUGAUUUGGUAUCAGAAGUUGCCUCUGGAACCCUAGAAGAUUCAGAUGAAUCCCAGGUUUCAUUGCUUUUGUAGCAUGUCACGGCUUAGUGGUUUAGGGCGAGUGCUUGGGAGUACCAAGUGUGCAGGUUCGAAUCAUCCUCAUGGCUCCUACUGAUUUUCUCAGUAGUACUGAAAUGAACUUGUAUGAUGCCUAAAUCAGAUUAGGGAUCUAAUUAACUAAGUUAGGGUUCUUUCAGAACUGCAACACAGGCGUGUGAAAAUACUAAUGUCGAUAGUUCUGUAUAUAGAGACAGGGAAAAAGAUGGCCAGGUAUGUUGCCAUUUUAGGGAUGAAGAUGACCCAUUGGAUCAGAUGUGAUCCAGCACAUAUGACAGGCCAUCUUGAUUAAUGAUAGGAUCUCUUGAUAGAUCCAGUGCUGUGGGCUAAAUGUGCACCACUUCUACUGCAUUUGCCACCAUAUUCCCCGACAUACCAAAAUAUAAAGGGGCCCCCAUUGGGAAUUUCAUAGUACCACAUAAGUUUCUCGUGAAUUGGUGACACUGGGGAUGUACCCAUUGCUGUCUAAGAGAACACUGAAUGGGCUGUAUAGGAGUCUGUAUAAAAUAUGACUGCUGAACAAUGGGAUGCCCAUCAGAGUAAGUUGAGGCCUUGUAAGAAUAUGAUCACUUCCCAUUCCAGGCUGGGGUGGGAGAGUUUUCAUCUUUUGCAGAAAGUCAGUCACAAAAUCAGUCUUUGCAGAGUGGCAAGAUGAGAGGUCUUUCUGGACCCUUUUGUUUAUUCCUUGAAAUAUCUGAAAUAUCAUAUGGCUUGAAGAUCUUCAAAAAUCGAGGGUACCUGCCCCCUUUAGAUUCUUCUUUUGGUAAUAGGGCCGAGAUAAUUCUAGGUUCACAUGAUCAAGUUACUCUUUCCAUGGAAGGAUUAGAUCUGGAAUCAUAAUGGAGAGCAAUGAAUAUGCUCCGAGCCUUGGCUAGGAAUGGUAGGUGGAUAACCGAUCUGUUCCAUUACUUGAUAUCAUGUUGUAUCCCUGAGAGAGGGUGAACUGCAAGGAGAUGAGCAUAAUUCUAGUAUUGGCAAAUUGAAGGGCAAGACCCCCUAGGGAGAGGAUUGGCAAAUAUACAAUAGCACCCAUUGUAGUACGCAGGGCUCCAUUUUGUAUUGGUUCCACCCACGAGAAGAUUGUUUGGACUGUGAACCCACAUACAGUACUUUGCUUAAGUGAUGAAUCUUGUUUCUGACAAAACCUUAUAUCAUGCCAGCUGCACUCCCUGGCUGUCAUGUUUUCUUCAUUACUUUGGCUGAGGUGUUGCAGGUUGUAGAAUCAAUGAGUUGCCUCAAAGGAGAUGCUAAGUGGUAUUAGAUUUUGUGGCAGCUGGCUGUAUCUUUUGCGCUUUUCGCAAUCGCAUCUGUUCAGUAUGCGCUGUGAAACAGAAGUCAUUUGAAGCCUUUUGAACAGAUCCCAUAUUGGAACCCAGUUGUUUCAAUUUAUUCUUAGACCAUGAUGACCUUGAAAACACACCCUGUUUUCAAGGUGGUCAUGUUUAGAGCUGGUUCAGUUUACAUAGUAGAUUUUGUUUGAGCAUGUGAAGUGACUGCCCAAACUGCUGACAAAGUCCGUCAAUAUUGGGAACUUAAAACCUUGAACAUAAUGUGAGGUUGUGUGGAGUGAUCCCCUAUUCUUAUAACCUUUAUAGGAACAUUUGACUUUCAAAUUUUGCCAGAAUGUGCAUGUGACUGUGUGUGUGUAGCUGAGGACAGUCCAAGCUCUGUGAUUUCCAAUGGCUAAGGCUGCAUCAGAGAAGCUGCUUUGAUGUGAAACUUAAACAUUAUACCCUUACCCAGGGUUUGCUCUGUGCUCAGUUGACAAUGAUCCCUCAGUACUGAAACCUCGAGUGUCCAACUUACGGUACAGGGAUUCAAGACACACUGGACUAUUGCUGAUUUGAUGAGAAUGACUGCAGUGUUUACUGUUUCUUUUGUGGAAGUUUCAUCGUGAGACAUAGGGCCCAUCUCCUGUCACCCCUUCUAGUGGUAGAAUCAUCUGUUGUCUAACGAGCAUUUUAUAAAUGAUGACACUUGGAGCUCGGUAUCCAUGUUGUCCUCGCCAUGUGUGGCCUCCAACAUUAUGGUGGCACACACCAUUCUCUUUCCCUGACAUUAUGGAGGCCUUGCACCCCAUGUGUACUCUCCAACAUUAUGGAGGCAUCCCUUCCCCACACCAUGUGCACUCUCCAACCUCAUGGAUGCCACCCAUCACAUGCUCCCUCUGACAUUAUGGAGGACCCCUUUCCCCAGCAGUGCACCAAUUAUCCUAUACUAUAGUUGAUAACGGUGGUUGUGUUCUGGUCAGCAAAAUUUGUUUGAACGUUGCACGUCCUUUUGUGGAGGCACUGCUCACCAUUCCCAUUGAGGACAAGUGAUAUAAUUCCCUCACACUGUACACAAUGAAGAGAUGUGAUGAUUUUCUUGUAUUUUGUAGGCAACUUUCAGUGGCCAUGCACAAAAUUAUUUUCACACCUUACAGUGCGACAAACAUUGAGUCAAAGUAAGUACCAGUACAUAAUUUGUUGCUAUUUAAUUGUGAAAUGCAACGCUUUCUUACGAUCGUAGUUUUCAAUGCCUAUACAGUACUUGAUCAUUCCAGCAUAGUUUUCUUAAGCUUGCCAGUCAUUCCAAGUGUAUAUCCUCAAUGAGUGUAUUUAGAGGUAGAGUACAGUACAGUAUUGUGUAUGAUCAUUUUAUAUAGUAUGGUAUGUUUAGCUGUUGUGGCUGGGAAAUUAAUUUGACUAAACAUACUUAAGGCCAUUUUGUACAGGUAGUGUUUCAGUUUUGAUUAAACAAGUUAUUUGUCCUGGUGCUUUCUAGUAGCCAUUGUGCUACUGUUAGCUACAGUAUAUGAAUUAUUUAACAAAAUUUGUAAAAAUAAUAGAGUAGCAUAUUACAGAAAUAAUGUAACUGGUUAAUUUUUUAACUCAAGGCUGACAGGUGUUAAUUAUAUAUAUAUACAAGCAAUGUUACCUGUUACAUCUAUCAGACAGGUUUUGGUCUUUCACAAUUGGGUAAAACAUAAAAUUGUUGUGGAGAUAAUUUGCUAUAGCUUGCAAAGAUAAUCUAAGGCUCUGUGUGGAUCUGAUCUAUUUUGUAUACUAAUGUCAAGUUUUUUAACCCCCAAAGUAUGUUAAUGGGCUAAAUUUAUUCACGCUUAUUCUUGGUUUUUCUUUUAAAAUGUGAAGAUAUUCAAAUUUGAAAAAAAAAAAAAAAUGCCAAAUCCUUGCAUGUGGUUCAAUAUUAAAAAAAAAGAACUUUUAAUAUGUGUUCCUUUCAUACAAUUUUUUAUGCAAUGUGGCUGAUGCAAUGUUUUAUACAUAUAAAUGCCAACUUAAGACAGUUGUGCAUGCCUUAUAACUGUUUAUACGGGGUGUUUAAUGUGACCAUCACCAGACUACAGCAUUGUGAGAUUAUCCCACUAGUUUAGUGUGCAUUUGCAGACAAAGAGUCACAAUAACGUGGCUAAAAAUAUGAUGACCAAACCACACAUCAGAAGAUGGAGAAACAACGUUUCGGUCUGUCUUGAACCAUUAUCAAGUUGUAUGGUGCAUCUCACUCCAUUACACCACUGGGGCUAAGGUCUAAUUGACCACAUUCUAUUUUUGGCAAUCACUGGAUUGUUUCAAGUGUAGUUUAGACAUGCAUAUACAUACAUACAUACAUAUAUUAUAUAUAUAAAUAUGAAUAUGAAUGAGUUUGGUGAAUAUAAAUAGGAGCUACCUCAUAUGGGCCAAUUGCCAUCUGCAGUUCCCAUUAUUCCUUAAGGAAGAGGUUCCAAAAGUUGUCCUCUUCAGAUCAGUCCUUGCUUGGCUAUGCUACAUGCAGGAUUCAUUGCUGUGUAACUUACCAAAAACCUAUGUUAAUACGUAUUGUAAGUUGUAUGAAUAAAUUUGAUAUUACCUGUACAAUAUAUUUAUAUGCUUAUCAGCUGACUGAAUUAGAGAAAUUGUGUGAGCUGGUUUAGGGUACAUAAGAGUAUUAUACAAUAUUUUUGCACUAUGGCUAUUAAUUUGUACAUUGUUCUGAUGUAACUUUUGAACUUGCUUACUUAAGGGUUCUAUAUAACAAACAUUAUUACAGUAAUUAGCAAUAUUUGGUAAUAAAUGUAGUAUAAAAUAUCUGAUAGUGUUUAUGAGAAAGGCAUAUGCUAAUCAUGUAACAAAGAUGAUGUGUUCAUAAAUAGUCCAAUUCAAGUGUUGUAGUUCAACACGAUAGCUCGUAUAAGAUCUCAUUAUUAUCGGAACGUACAUGUAUAAAGACGACACGAGUUGUCUAUAAGAGGAAUAGUGGUGGUCGUGUGUUCAAAUCCUGUAUUCAAAGUGGGAAUGUUAAUCAGAUUACAUGGCAGUGAAUUUAAUGUUGAAUGACCAAUAAUUUAAAAAACUGUGAUUGGUUAGGUAUUCCUGAGUUAAUAGAUGAUAAGAGAUACAGUACUUUAAGAAUGACUAUAUGGUUAUAUAGUCACAAGAAGCUUUUCUCACAAAGUGAGAAUGGUUAUAUGGUUAUGUCGUUAGCAUGGGCAUUGUUAUAGCAGAGUAUGCAAAGAUAAUAGUGAUUGCAUCUUGUAAUUAUAGAAGAAAAAAUUUAUCUACCAAACCAACCAUGCAUGAUGUUUGGCUGACAAGAAAGUAGCUAGUGUAAUAGAUACAGUACAAGGUAACAAGAUAUGAAAAGAUUAAAUGCGUUUUGCAAGAGCCUUGCUAAGCUUAUUUAGACUAAUGCAUUCGUUUAUAUAGUAGUUUUGUCACCAAAUACCUGUAUCGUGAAAAAUGUUGUUCUGCCCUCAAGGCUUUACUGUGCAACUUGUGCUUAAAAAUUCAGAACACCUUUUUAUAACUUUGUCAACUCAAUAAUACAUGCGUGAAAAUAUUGUAUUACAGUAUCUGUUUCAUCUGUUAACCACAUAAAAUAUUUAUCUUGUUAAUACAGUACCUUAACUGUCUAGAUUGCUUUAACUCUCUUUUUUCAUGUUUAACCACUCCAGCAAAAGACUAUUUUCUUUUCUAUAAAGGUAACUUCAUCUUUUAUUUUCAAAACUGACAUGCCAUAUUUUGCUUCAUGUUAAUUUGCACCUGUGUAUACUAGGAAGGGUGGCAUCACCUGUGUAUACUAGGGAGGGUUGCAUCACCUGUGUAUACUAGGGAGGGUUGCAUCACCUGUGUAUACUAGGGAGGGUUGCAUCACCUGUGUAUACUAUAGUGGGUUCUAUCACCAGAGUAUACUUGAGCAAUAAUGUACAUCUGUUGUUUCUAUAUCUUAGAACACGGUGAAUAUGUGUUAACUUCUCCCAUUCCUUGCUAUGCCUAAGUGAUAUACAGGUGUUUGUUUUUAAGUCACCAUACCUCGUUUAUAUUAUAAUAAGUACUUAUACUAGUAAGUACUUAUGCUUUAAUAAGUACUAUAAUAUGUUAGUUUAUGCUAAUAUAAGUACUGUACAGUAUAUAAGUUUAUGUACUUCAUGCUAAAAUAUUACGUAUUGAAAUUGAGUAAUGGAGAAUUGUUGCAUAAAAGAUACAAAUGUUUCAUUAUAUGCUUGUUUUUUUAUAUAUAAUAUGUAUGCAUGUAGAUGAGGAUGCAUAAUACAGUGUGAUCUUGGAAAUUCUGACUAACUAUUACUGUGUGCAAUUUUGGACCUUGCCUGGCUUUUCUAAAAUUCCUGUUUUAACCUAAUAUUGAUUUUUUAUUAAUUUUUGACAACUUUGUUGGGGGGGAUUCAUUUUCUAAAACUGGUAAAAGUACGGUACUUUUUUUUUUUGCCUGUUUGCACGGAAAUAAUAUAAAUGAAUUUUUGUAAUGUAAAUUAUUUACUAGAAACUGGAAUUUUUCUUGAUAUACCUCAUCAAAAUUUGAGCCAUAGUGCAUUAUUUUUUGCCCUUCAGAACACACUUUUAGUAAUGAAUUUUAAAAUCUUUAUUUUCCACAUUUUUUCUUUCUUUCUUUUCUCAGGUGUUAUUGCCAACACCACACUCAUCUCUCCCAUCCUUCAUCACUUUUCACCAUCAAUUUAGCCUUCUCAUCAUAGUUAAUGUACCUCUUCGUCCUAUCUGGUCUAGCCUGACUAUGUUUGCCGUCAAACAUUUUCUGCUCGCAAAUGCAGUGACCUAAAAAAAUCGGUGGAAAUCAUAUGCGUAACAAGAGGUUGUUUGUAUCAGUGUGGGGAGACAUACUGUGGCCAGGAGAGGUCACAAUAUGUGGUAGGACUGAGUCGGUCACAGAACAUGCCACAUUCUACCACCACUUGUUUAAUUUUGAAAUGUUUACAUAUUGUAGAAUAAAUCAAUUUUGCCAGUAUUUAUGUUGAAUUGGUUCAGAUUUGUGUACAUGUGUUAAAUAGACUGUACUGAAAGUCUGGAAAUUUGUUUCUAUUUUUUUUUUUUUUUUAUAUUUUAACUGGUAGCAAUGUCUUUUUAAGGUUUCAGUUACAUUGAGUUGUAGAGUUUUGAGGCCACACUGUAUUUUAAUCAUUCUCAUCCAGCUUCAUCAAUAUUGAUUUGUUGAAGAUCAUUUUGAUCAAUAAUUAAAGCUGAGCCACAAAUCAUUUAGUGUAUCUUGCAAAAUUGUCAAGCAGUUAAUACAUAUGUGUAUAAUUGUAAUCUUCAUGACAUGAUACACAUCAGAACACAUAGUUAUAUUGCUGUAACAGUUAAUAUUAGAUUUUCUUAGACAAUUUUUUUGGUAUUACUGUAAUUUGUUUUGGUCACGCUGGUGUUUCCUGUUGUUGGUGUUUUGGUCUUGUUAGAAUUUCUUGUUAUUGGUGUUUAUUUUAAUUUUCUAGUUUUAAUUUUAAUGUAUUUCUGGUAUCCAAUUAAUUUCCUGUUACUUAUAGAUGAGUUGCAAAGGCUUCAUUUUGACCACAUGAUGUAUAUUUAGGUAUCCCCGUUUGAGGUAUACAGUAUUAUGGUUCUAAUAAUUUUGCAUUUUUUCCAAAAUGUCCAUUUUAUGUGCGAUAUCUGGAUAAUGCCUUUGUAUAUUGGCGUGAAACUUUUCAAAACUUAUGUCUAGGGGGUCAAGAAAGGUCCCUAUUAAUUAAUAUUAAGCCAUGUAGCCCCCUGGCAGCUGAUUUUAUAUUUAUAUUAACACACUGUUGAGAGAAAGUUUCAUCUUAAUGUUGAUAAUGUCACAAUAAUGAUGCUUAAAAUAAAUGAAUCAAUCCACAUACUGUAUAUGAAAAAGGAAUUUUAUGAUUUUUGGUCCAUCCUGGACUUGUAUUAGUGUGGCUUGAUUAGGUCCAAUAUGCGCUGAAAUGUUGUCACUUUCCCUUUCUUUUCAUAUAUUUGUAUUGGGUAUUUGUGUAUUUUAAUAAUGAAUUAGCUUAUUUACACCAAAUUUUCUACACACACAUACACAUGCCCUCUUUUUCUUGGGAAUAAUCCUAGUAGUGUUACCCUAGAAAGUUUUGUAAUGGGGCCAAUUUAUUUAAAAAGAUCAGAACAAUUUAUGGCAUAUAUUGUACUUGGGAUUAUACCUGUGGGUAUCCUCUGGUCAACAGAACACGAUGUGAAAUCUCUUUGGCAAAGACAUAUUGGCAACAUAAGAUUAACUCAUGGGCACUUGAUGGCUGUCAGAAAUGUAUGGUUUCACUUGGUUGUCAUCUUGUAGAUUGUUCUUAAUUUCAGGAUUGGACAACUUUCUUACCAACUGUUCUUAUAUGGCUUGCACCUACCUUAUGUUGCUAAUUCAAUAUAAAUUGCUGUUACCCCUGGGAUCUGCCCAGGGGUAACAGAUGGCAUACCAGGCCAUGAUUGGCCACCAGCAGACUAUUGCUGCUGGUGCAUAAUCUAAUCACCAAGCAUACACUUUCAGUUGGAUUAAGGCAUAGCCAGGUAUGGCCACAGAUGCACCAUCAUUACCAUGAGACAGAACAGUUGUAUUGUCUAGCAGGAGGCUACAAAUAAUACAAAAAAAUUAUUAAAGAAAUUUAUUGCUUUGGUGCUAUAUUUAAGACUUGCUUCACUUAGUUGCUGUAUACAGUAUUGAGCCAAUAUAAUAGAAAGAUGUUUCUCAUCAUUAAAAAUAAGUCCAACGAUACAAAGGGAGGUGAUGUCAUAUACCCGUAUACCUCGUACAACAUUUAAAAACAUUUCAUGUUGUACCUCAGUAGCUGAUAAGUUUCAUAUUUAACCAGACAACUUUAUUAACACAAACCAGACAAGCCACAAGUGGGUAAGCAGUCAAUUUAUGUAACUGGUGUUCAAAUAUAACACAUUUUUACUGUAUUGAUCUUAUUAGGAAUACUAGUUUUUAGUUUAAGGUAUUUAACUAUUAAAUUAAAGUAUGGUACUGUACUGUUGAAUAUGAAUUACAGUAGUUCAUUAAUAUAGCAGAAAACAACCCUGGGAAAGAGAGAUUCGAGAGCUUUGUAUACAUAGGUUCUAUAUCUGGAUAUCUGUAAUGAGGUGAAAUUCUGAUUUCUCUUAGUAGCUUCUACCAAGUGAAAUUAUAAUUUCGCCUCAUGUGGCAGAACAAAUUGAAUUGGGAGUAUCAUAUAUAAUUUCAUAUUGUUGUAAUUGAAUUAAUAAAGACAUUCAUUGAUGGCCUUAACAUAAAUUUGAAGAGUUGGGUCAUGGGACAAUAGUUUACAACAUUUAAAUACAGUAGUUGGUUUAUAUAAGUGGCAAGGUUUUGCUCACCCUCUUUGGCAAGUCAAGAAGUUUCUUUGAAUAAUGGGGUUAAAGGUAGGGUGGGGUAAUUGCAGACACAACCCGUCCUUGACUCAAGUUCAUUACAUCCAGCGGUCAACCCCACAGACACAUUCAUAAAUUUGUACAUGCUGUUCAUUCAAAACGGGAAUUUCUUCAAAUGUAAAUUUAUAUUAUAGCAUAUUGACCAUAUAUAGGCAUAGGUUAGGUUAGAUGUUUAGGUUCUGUUGACAAUUAUUUAUAUUUGUAGUACGUGGGUGAAGCAUUUACAGCGUUGUGGUUCGAACAAAAUUUGUCAGUAAAGCACUUGUUCCGGAAGUGUUCGAAAUCAGUUGCGAGUUGUGUGUAAACCGUUUUUCAUUCAUAAACAGGGGGUUUGGUGGGUGAAUGGAAUCACUUUUGGGUCUUUGUUUGGAGGACGAGCUGGCAAACAAAAUAGAAAGCUCUUCAUUAUCAAGUUUUAUUCUGUAGAUGGACCUACUGAACUGGGGGAGAUGGUAUACUGUAACUUUGAUCCUUGCACCUCCAUCAGUGACAAGAAUCUGUACAUUUUCUCAACCUUGCUGCCAUGAACUGAUGGUGUACAUUUUUUUUUUGUUAAGCCAGUAUCUGCUUGACUGGUGUAGUUUCAUGCUAUGAUAGACGUGCAUCAAUCAGUUCAUCCCUGAAAUUUAGAAUGGUCAAUGGCUGUAAGAGCACCAGCAGCAUCUUGGCAGCAGGAAAAUUCUAAUAUAGUACAGGUAUGGAAAACAUUCUUUUUGUGAUUUUUUUGAGUAGAAUUUCUUUAGAUCAGAAUGUACAAUAAUGUUGUCUCUAAAAUCUGGUAUUCAAUUUACAUGGAUGUGUACAGAUUUGUACAAAUGCUAGUCAAUGAAAGUAUAACAUACAGUUUUGAAGAAAGUACAGUACAGUACUUAAAAUAUAAUUAUACUUUCAAAUAAAAUUUUGUUUUAAUCUUAUAUGUUAUGCUCUACAAUCUUGUAGAAAAGCAAAUAUUUUGGGGCAUUUGGGUUAACACCUAUUUUUACCUAUUGUUCUACUGCAAUCCAUCCUCCUGUUUAGAUACUGUAGUACCUUUUGUGAUGAUCGUCAAUAGUCAUGAAUUCGUACGUACUUGGCUUUUAGAUAGUAGUAUACUGACUAGUAAAGAAUUUUCCCCCCGAGUAUAGCAGACACAUGUACUAUGUUAGGCCUCAGAUAUCGUGUAUUAGGCCUAGGAAGGAUAGGUUAGUUUAGUUUGUCAAAGCAACACAAGUAAAAAAUUGUUUUCCCAGUUUGUCCAAUUCAAUAGUUCAGAUUUCUUUAUAAUUUCGUUGUACGUCGGUAUAUAUACUAUGGUCCUCAUCGUUAUUAUAGGUACAGUAAGUACAUUGUACUACCAAAACAGGAGGAUGGGCUGUCUACUUGUGUUUGAAAAUUUUUCUUUAAUGGACACUGCACAAUAACAUAGAAUUAGAGUUUUGAGAAACCAUAUACAACAAAAUUAUAUAUGAUCAAUGUUCCCUUUCAAGUUAGAUACAUUGCAUUUUCUUGGUACCAAUAGGUCAAAUUGACAUGGAAACUUCGGAGUUGGCUGCAUUUAACAAAAAAAUGCUCAAAAUUUUUAGUGUUGGAUCUCACCAUCUAUGCAGGACUACAAGUUUACUGGACAAUACUAUUAUUUUUUGUUGUUGUUGACUAUCUGAUAACAUUAUGGCUAAUGUGAUUAAUAUUGCUUUAUUUGUAUAGUACAGUAUAAUGUUGAUUUGGAGGUUUCAUUUUGUGUUCUUCAAUUAUAAUUUAGAUGUUAAUUAAAGAUAUGUAUCUAUAAUUGGAUGUGUUCUGUUUUUUUGCUUUACAGUUUUCACUGAAUCUCUUACUAUUUCCCAGUUUGAACAUCAUGUCUUUUCAUGGAAGCAAACUACCCUAUAUGCAAUGUUUUCAAUGUUGUAUGGUUUGAUUAAUUUUAGUUAUGUAUUAGUGUGCCACAAUUUAUUUAUUCUUCAGAACACAUUUUGCAGAAAAAUCUGCGUUGGUUGAUUAAUAAAUUAAAUAAUAAGGAAAUUGA